ACGAUGGCCCGGCACAGGUCGACUGCCGUCGUAUCUCCACGGAAAAGGGCUUCAACCACCCGGCGUGCGAAGCCGCAACAACAGCAGCAACAACAAGUGAAGAAAGAUGAAGGGCCUCCGAUUAUACCACCGGAUGUUGUACUUUGGGCUGCUGAACAAUCAGACUACAUAGGCUUCAACCCUUGGUUUGUAACUACCGUUGUCGGAAUGAUCAACGUCGCUGAAACGUUGUUUGGCUUCACCGCAUUGGUGCUGCUGAUGUUCUCUCCCACGCUGGGCCUGGCCCACCGGACACUUCUCGUGACGUCCUUCUGCAUGAGCUACACGUCGCUGGUGCUGCUGCUGGGCUCCCUGUCGGCACCCUUUACGGACACAUAUUUGCCGCUCUCGCUCUACUUCUUCCUGUUUCAACUCGUCGCUGUCGCUUUCUACUUCAUCUCAGCGUUUUACACCAUCUGGAAGUCCGGCGACGACACUUACGGCAAGCUCGCCGCGGUCGCAGCAGCGUUAGCAGGGUGCAGCCAUUACUUGCACGCGAAACGCUGCUACAUCAGGGUGUUUAACCAGCCGGAAGACUAAUAAUCUGCUUCAUCGAAGGCUGCUGUGGUCAUGGUUGCUUACCAAGCACCGCUCCCAAUUAAUCUCUUCACAAUCGUA